AUGUCGCACGAAGAAAAUAUCCAACAUCGACUUGGCGAAUUCAUUUCGGCCUUCAGCGCCCGCGACCGACCGAACGCGCGUUUCGCGCACAUCAAGAUUCCGGAUUUCCGCAUGGAGCGACCGAGCCUCAUGGAGUCGAUACGAAAGUCCUUGUCCCCGGAGAAUGCCAAGUGCAUGCUGUUCGUUACCUCCGAGCUGGAGAAAGCUGUUGGCCAUAGCCUCGCGACGGCUGCCACCGCGGCGGAUGGCAUCAAACGGCAGCAAAUGGGCUAUUCCGAGGCAUUACGCUCUGUCAAGAUGAACAGGGCAGACGCAGGAGAUGGCUCGGCCUGGAAGUCUCCUCGGCAGGGCAAUUUGCAACAAGAUGUCAUAUUGCCUCGGAAUAUCAUUGUGGUGUUCCAGAUCGAUCCCACUGUCCCAGCAGAUUGUGCACUGGCGCUGAUUGCCUUUGUUCAGUGGGCUCUCGAUGUGGCAGUCGAUGGUGAGUCCCAAGUGAUGGUCAUCACCUUGGCGGUCGAAGAUGACUGCGACUUUCUCUCGACGCUGGUCGCCAUACGCUCACGCCACGUAUCUGUCGAUUACCUUGACUUAAGUGAGCCUUGGGAUGGCGCUGUCCUGACCACGGGACCUGUCGAGACUACCAUGCACAGAUCGACAGAUGUGUUGGAGACUGUGAAGACAAUUGCCGCGGCGUCGUCGCGAGAUCAGGACAAUCGACACCUUGUGCUGUCAUUUCGAGAUGUCGACCUUGCUGCACAGUACGAGACACUGGUGGUGAAAGCCGAAACCCCUUUCGUGGAAUCGGGCUUGGAUGACAAAGGCCUAAUCGAUGUCAUACAAGCACCGACUUUCGGGCAUACCUGGCUGACCAUCAACCCAGCCCUAUGGCUUAGCCCAGUACAAUUUAAGGGAUAUCAAGAAAUUCACAUUCUCUUGGGCUCUCAACACACGGCGUCUGUCUCCUGGGACAAUGUUACAGAGCAGCUGGUUCAAUACGACAGAUGGACCUCAAGAGAAGAGCGGAUCUCUCAGCUGCAGUGGGCUCGGCAGCUUUCUGUUCGUGAUGUUCAUAUCUAUCACGAACAAGAGGAGAUAGAGUCACUGGAAGCGACCCUUGGAUCAUUCAUUGACUCCACCAGCUGUCGUCAUCGUCAAGUUGAGAACUCCCACCUUGGAGGAUUCAUCACUUGUGUCAUGAGUAUGGCACACUGGGGGUUACGCAUCGACCAGGUACUGGCAUGUUUUGUUCGGUGCCCCGCCCGCCUACGUUCUAUGAGGGAGCGUCUCAAGAUCCAAAGAGUUAUCACGCCCACAGGCACCACCCUUAGGGAUGCUGAGGGGCUGGUGUUCAUGACACUCCUUCCUCUGCUCAACUACGAUCAUCGGCUCGCCCUCUUUGUAGCUUUAGACUCCGACGACAUCGUCCGGAGGGUCAAGCUUCAGUUGGCGGCAAUCAUGCUGACUGACGUUUCCAUGCUGGCCGGAUUGAACGUCAAUGAGCCGCUGAGCCCUGAUGGACAGGAGGCUGGAACAAUCCUCAACUCUUGUUUGGGUUACGGCAGUGACAUCGCACCAUCUGGGACUUUAUGGAUGCUGCUAGGUCUCUGGAAGGCUUUCGAGGUCGCCUCAGACAAAGGCAGAGAAAAUGCCCCGUUCUGGAGUCUCGUUCAGGUAAAUGUGGCACUGGCUAAUCGUGCCAAUAGAAUGUUUGGAGCAAUGUCUCGGAUAUUGCAAAAGAUUGGCAUAGGCUCAGCUAUUCACAAGGGCUUCGAGGACGAGACCAGAGGCUUUGGCGAGGAGCAGAAACGUGUCUUGCAAACUCAUCUGUUGCAGGCAUACAUCUUCCAGCUUGUUGCAGCAUUCCCGCCUUUUAAAGACGGAGAGCCAGAUCAUGAAGCGCCACUUACACACUUGAUCAUGGCGAACAACAUCGAGGUCACCAUGCCGUUCAUUCCGAUUUAUGUGACUAGCCUCGUGAAUCUUGACAGAAUCCUUGCAGACUCUGGCAGCGAUUUCGCUCUCGGCAUCUCGCAGAGUCUAUUGAGGCUUCCAGGACGGCGCUGCGGCUUGAUGGAUUGGACAGCGAUUCCGAAGGACCUGGUAGCUGAGUGGCUGGUUGAAUACCGCCCAGGGCUUGACUUGCUUCCAGCAUUGGCUUCAUUGACACGACGCCAUCCCGAGAACAAGGAUGAGAUUAAUUGA